AUGGCGGAACAGAAGCAGGAUAAGUGGUCAUCCGAGGCCUAUCAGCACUCCGCCUCAUUCGUGCCCAAACUGGCCACGAAGGUAGUGCAAUGGCUCGACGUCCAAAAGGACGAUGUCAUCCUCGACGUUGGCUGCGGUGAUGGUGUCCUCGACGUUGAAUUCGGCAAGGUCCUUGCCCAGGGCAAAGGCUCUCUUCACGGCAUCGACGCCUCGCCCGCCAUGAUCUCUGCCGCAAAGAAGGCUGUCGAGGGCGCGGGACUAUCAAACUGCGAGUUCGAGGUCCUCGACGCAACCAAAAUCAAAACGUCCCAGACCCACGCCCUCCAAACCCCAACCUUUACGAAAGCCUUCUCCAACGCAGCCCUGCACUGGAUCCUCCGCCCGCCCGGCUCACACGUCCCCGUCUUCACGUCCAUCCGCGACGCCCUCCUCCCGGGUGGCACUCUCGCCCUCGAAAUGGGCGGCCUCGGGAACGUCGCCGAGAUGCGGACGGCCAUCAUCAUGGCCGUCGCCAGACGCGUGGGCAUCCAGAAGGCCGUCGAGGUUGACCCCUGGUUUUUCCCGGACGAGGAGUGGUUGACCAGGGUCCUGGAGGAGGAGGUCGGCGGGUGGAAGGUCGAGAAGGUCGAGCGGGAGUGGAGGCCGACGACGGCGGACAAGGGCGGGGUCGAGGGGUGGGUGAGGUUGAUGGGAAAGGAGCUGCUGGACGCGGUGCCGGAGGAAGACGGGCAGAGGGAGGAGACUGUCAGGGAGAUUGUGGACGUUCUGAGGCAUGUCUGUAAGAUUCCCGGGGACGGGGAGAUGAUUAGCUAUGUCAGGCUGAGGUGUUUGGCGAGGAAGCUCUGA